CUCGUUAUUGUCAACUCAUAGUAGAUUGUUGCUGUUGACCUCACUUCAAGGGCUUGUUGGAGCUGACUUCGUUCACCAUAGCUCUUGUAACUUCACAACCAAAUCUGGUUUCUUUGGUCAUUGAGCAUCGGGAUAGAGCAAGCCAUAACUCUAUGCAUCACUGUUUAUUGGUUGAAGAAAUGAGACUGCAGCUAAAAUUAAUAUUAAUGAUAUCCUUCAAAGGAGGAGGCCAAAUAAAGCUUUUCUCAAUGAUGUAUGUUUGCUUUGUUAUCAGAGUGGUGAGACAAUCUCUCAGUUGUUCUUAUGUUGCUGCCAUUCAUGGGAGACUUGGAAUAGAUUUUUUGGUGAACAGUGGGUUUGUCCUUCUAUUUUAGAAACCAUGCUUUCCCUUUCUUUUAGGGGCUUUGGACUCAGGCAAAGGUAAGGAGAUAAGGUUUUAUGGAGAAGUGAUAUUUUUUGCAAUGAUUUAGUGCAUUUGGUUGGAACGCAGCACUCGUAUUUCUAGUGGUGCAUCACUUUUUGUUGAUCAUUUCUGGACGAGGGUGGUGUUUUUUGGAUUUGCUUUGGACAUCGGUAAAUGCUUUUGUUUGUUUUGUUUUGUUUUUAGAGGAAUCUCUUUGACCAAUUUGCAAGCUAUACGUUGUUAGCUUUUUGUUUGUUUUUUCAUUUUUUCUUUUCUUUAUUAUUGGAAUGAUGCCUUAUCAUCCUUUUCAUAUAUUCUUCUUCAUCCAAUGUUUUAAAAGGUGUUCAUCAGGCACACCAGACAGUAGCUGAAUGCCUUGAGGUGCAAUUUGAAAGGCCUCUCGAAGAGUGCACAUUUUAGUUGAAGAUGGAGCCCUAUGGUCCUUGUGAUGAAAACAUGUCUUUUAUGUUUUUUUUUUUUUCACUCCAAGGCAUACACAUUUUAGAUCUGUAGUAUUACCAUAUAUAUAUAUAUAUAUAUUCCAAUUUUAUGAAAAACAUAGGACUCUUCACACUGACACACUGAUACUCAUCGAGUGAAGACUUCCCUUGCAUUUUAGCUCCGUCACUUUGUGAUCUUGAUGAAGCCUUUCAGUUUGAAGAAAAAGACACAGGAUCUGAUGUUGCUUUGAUUUUGAGCUGAUUCUUCAAUCAAAGCAAGUUUUCUGUAGGUCUUCAAUUUUCUGACCAUUGAUUUUUUGGAGGAAAUGGAUGGACUGGAAAGUCAGGUGAAAAUUGCGAUCAAAAGCUGGUUCUUGGCAUGAAGUUGUUUGGUGGUUGUCCAUUUUUCUGAAUAUUGUUGGUUUGUUGGAGUUAAUUGUUUAGAAAGUCAUGAGCAAAUCACAAGAGACAAGUGUAGAAAAAAUCAAGAAAGAUUAGCUCUGGAUUAGUAUUUGCCUCUUUGUUUCAGUUUUUUAGGAUGGAAAGGCAACUGAUGGAUUGGAGCUGUCUUGGUAUAUAAGCUCUUUAUUGUUGCUUCUUGGGAGAGCAUGCGGCUGUGGCAUUGCAGUCUGUGGCAAUGCAGCUUGGUUUAUGGAAUCAGAAAGCUUUGUUUUGAGCUCUUGGAUUUGAAGGAUGCCGUGGAAAACUUACAUGGUAAUAUGCGCACAAAGUUCUUGGCUUUCUUGAGAAUAUCAGAAGAGGUUGUGGAAAUGGAGCAUGAGUUGAUUCAGCUGCAAAAGCAUAUUUCUUCUCAAAGGAUUAUUGUGCAGGAUUUGAUGAGUGGUGCAUGUCAUGAGCUGGAAGAGUGGAACCAGGCAAACGGUGAAACCUACGAAGCACAAAAUGAUCCUGAUACUUGUGUGCUUCAUGACCCCUUGGCAAAUAUAACAGAAAAUGACAUGACAACAAUUUUGGAAAAUAUUGAUGUACUUUUGGCUGAACAUAGAGUGGAAGAAGCACUAGAGGCCUUAGAUGCCGAGAGAAGUUUCCUGGAACUGAAAGGCUCUGGAGAUGCUUCCUUAACUGAAGCAUCCUCUUGCAAGGUUGCUUUCAUGGAAAGAAAGGCAAUGCUUGAGGAUCAGCUACUUGAGACUGCUGAACGACCUUCAGUUGGUAUUCUUGAACUGAAGAAGGCUUUAUCUGGUUUGAUAAAACUUGGAAAAGGUCCUAUGGCGCAUCAGCUGUUGCUAAAGGCUUAUGGGUUGCACCUCCAAAAUAGCAUUCAAGCUUUUCUUCCUUCAUGUUCAUUGUGCCCCAGAACAUAUUCAGCUACAUUAUCUAAGCUUGUAUUUUCUAUGAUCUCAUUUAUAACUAAAGAAUCUGAUUCAAUGUUUGGUGAUAAUCCUGUUUAUACAAAUAGAAUUGUUCAAUGGGCAGAGUGGGAAAUUGAAUCUUUUGUACGAUUGGUGAAGGAGAAUGCCCCUUCUGGGGAGACCGUCACUGCUUUGCGUGCUGCUAGCAUUUGCAUCCAGGCUAGUCUUAGUUAUUGUACGUUGUUGGAACCGCAAGGCCUGAAGCUUUCGAAAUUGCUCAUGGUGCUCCUGUGGCCAUACAUUGAAGAAGUUCUAGAUCUGAAUUUUAGGCGGGCUGGAAGAGUAGUUCUUGAUUUGGUGGCAAAUGAUGAGAGCUUGCCAUUAUCACCUCGCUUUGCGUCUCCAUUGUCUGCCUUCGCAACGUCAGCAGAUGGUGUUCUUAUUGAUAGUGGAAUGAGGUUUUUGUCUAUAAUGAAAGAUAUUGUGGAGCAGCUGACCCCCCUCACCAUUUUGCAUUUUGGUGGAAGCAUUUUGGCUAAGAUUUCUCAACUGUUUGAUAGAUAUGUGGAUGCUUUGAUUAAGGCCUUGUCAGGCCCUUCUGAAGAUGACAAUCUUGCAGAGCUGAAAGAAGCCCUGCCAUUCAGAGUAGAAACAGAUUCACAACAGCUUGCUCUUUUGGGAGUUGUAUGUAUAAUUUCAGAUAACUUAUCACCAGAAUUUUUAUGUGGGUUCUGGAGCAUGCAGAUUGGAAGUGAGGAAGCAAGCAAUGGACCCUCAGAGAACUCUGUACCCAUUUCAAGUACUAUUCUGGAAUAUAAGGAAUGGAAGCGGCGUCUUCUGCACUCAUGUGACAAGCUCAGGGAUCAUUUCUGUCGGCAAUAUGUUUUGAAUUUCAUCUAUUCAGGGGAUGGGAAACCACGACUAGAUGCACGGAUUUAUUUGAAUGGGAAAGGGGAAAACUUAUCGCGGGACUCUGAUCCCCUGCCUUCAUUGCCAUUACAGGCAUUAUUUGCAAAGCUACAGCAGUUGGCAACAGUAGCUGGCGAUGUUCUAUUGGGGAGAGAGAAAAUACAAAAAAGCUUGCUAGCCAGGCUCACAGAGACGGUGGUAAUGUGGUUGUCAGAUGAACAGGAGUUCUGGAGUGUGCUCGAAGAUGAUUCUGCACCCCUUCAGCCACUUGGGUUGCAGCAGUUAAUUCUUGAUAUGCACUUCAUUGUUGAAAUUGCACGUUUUGCGGGUUACCCAUCUCGACAUGUGCACCAGAUUGCAUCUUCCAUAAAUGCCCGUGCUAUCAGGAUAUUUUCUGCUAGGGGCAUAGAACCACAAUGUGCACUUCUGGAGGAUGAAUGGUUUGUUGAUACUGCCAAAGCAGCAAUAAACAAGCUUCUUUCAGAAACAUCUGGAUCAGAGACAUCAGAAACUGAGGAAGGGCAUAUACUUGUGCAUGAUGAGAUCAUCUCUGAUUCUGCUGGCUCUCCUUCCUCCCUUUCCACAGUGGAGUCUUCAGAGUCCUUUGCUUCUGCAGAUAUGGGUGAACUCGAAAGCCCAGUUUAUUCUGAUCCCGAGGGAUGAAGUUUAUGGCUAUCCCCUUAACUUGAUUGGUCGAUGAUCCUCCCAGAUGACUCAUGAGAUGCCCUCAUUGUUUUCUCAUCAAAAUUGGUGAAGUUGCUCAACAGUAUACAUAGCAUGCAAAAUUUGUUAGUUGUAGUCAAUCAUAUAAAUCUCCAAUUUUUGAUAUAGGCAGGCCAACAGUAUGUAGGUCUAAGAAGCAGCAUACCACCCCCACCCCCCACCCCAACCUAUUCUCUGGGGCUAACCCAAUUCCCCUUGUGCUAUGGAAUUCUGGGACAACUUUUGUCCCACCAUUGGUUUAUUGUGUUAUGUAUUGUGAUGGCUGAGAUGGAUGAAGAUUCUUGGUUUUUCUGCCA